UCUUUUUUGCAUUCCUUGUGCUUACCAAGCACAAGAAUGUCAUUCCAUUCUCACCUUCAUUCCAUUCUCACCUUCAUUCCAUUCUCAUCUCCAUUCUAUUCCCUCCUUAUUCCAUUUCAUCAUACCAAGAAGCCCCUAAAUGACUUUGUAUUUAUGCCACAGAAACUGAGUUUGGUUAAUGGAGUGAUCUUCACAGGAGGCGUGGCCAAUAGACCUCCUUAUAUUGACGCUGUUAAAAAAAUUUAUAAGGAAAUCUUGAGAACGAAUGAUGAUGAUGGACACCAUGUCCCCCUGCUUGCUAUCUGCUUAGGGUUUCAACUGCUUAUCGCGAUUGUGAAUGAGGAGCAUUCAAUGAAAAUCGAGAGAUUUGAUGCAGAAAAGCAUCCUUCGACAUUGCAAUUGGAGAACAUAGACUCUAGUGGAACUGUAUUUGAUGGUGCAGGCACAGAGUUAUCCAGUGAUCGGUUUGCAAUUUCACCCAGAGGUGUAUAAUCUAUUAAACAAAUCAAGCUUUAUAGUCUUCUUCUAUAUCAUCAUGGUGGGCCGUUUCCAAAAUAUUGUCAUUUCAAAGCUAAUCACCGUACUUAAGUAAUGGAGGUGAAAAGUUUAUUUUCACAUGAAUG